AUGACAUCUAGAGAAUUAUCAACUGUUGAGAUUGUGGAUAUUGAACAAUCAAAUGAAAGGAAUCGUGAGCCACGUUGGGAACCAGAUGAGGAAGGUAUUGGUGCAGGAGGUGUCAUAUUGUUCAUUCUCAUAACUAUACUAUUUAUUUGUACAUUUCCAAUAACAAUAUUUUUUGCAAUUCGUACAGUCAAAACAUAUGAAAGAGCUAUUAUUUUACGUUUUGGUCGUUUGAAACGAUCUGGUGGAAAAUAUGUUUUAGGUGCAGGAUUACAGUUUGUCAUGCCAUGUGCAGAUCAAAUGAUUCGAAUAGAUUUGCGUACAAAGACUGUGAACAUACCACCACAAGAAAUAUUGACAAGUGAUGCAGUUACUGUUGGUGUAGAUGCUGUUGUAUUUAUGCGUGUGAUUGAACCAGCUGCCGCUUUAUUACGAGUUGAAAAUGCAGCCAAAUCAGCUGAGCUACUGGCAGUUACAGCGUUGCGUUCAGUAUUGGGAACAUAUGAAUUAUCUCAAUUAUUGACAAAUCGUGACCAGAUUGAUUCCAAGCUGGCCGUUUUACUGGACCAGGCUACAGGUGAAUGGGGAAUUAAGGUGGAACGAGUUGAAAUUAAAGACGUUUCAUUGCCUCAAGAAAUGCAACGAGCCAUGGCGGCAGAAGCGCAAGCUGUUAGAGCUUCUAAAGCUAAAGUAAUAGCAGCACAAGGUGAAUUAGAAGCAUCGUCGACAUUAAGGAAAGCUGCUGAGGAAAUGGCUAGAUCACCAACUGCCUUACAAUUACGUUAUUUACAAACAUUGGCUACGAUCGCAACAGAACAAAAUUCAACAAUUGUAUUUCCGUUACCCAUAGAACUACUUCAAAGUUUCUUAUCAAAGAAACAAUCGUAA